AUGGGUCUUUUCAGCCACCACGACAAGCACGAUAAGCACGAACACGACAAACACGAGAACCACGGCCACCAGCAAGGCCCCGGCGGACCCCAGGGUGGUCUCCAACAAAACGGUGGCCCUGGCGGUCCCGGCGGCCCCGGCUUUGGAGGACCUCAGGGUGGGUUCCAAGGACAGCAACAAUACCAGGGUGGACCCGGAGGCUUUAGUGGUCCUGGACAACAUCAGGGUGGUCCCGGCGGUCCUGGCUUCGGGGGACCUCAGGGUGGAUUCCAAGGACAGCAGCACCAGGGUGGCCCCGGCGGCUUUGGCGGUUCUGGACAACACCAGGGUGGACAUGGUGGACCCGGUGGCCCUCAGGGAGGACACGGUGGACGGUAA